AUGACUUCCUUUUGUGUCCUCCGCAGGUUGCAGGCGCUGCAGGCCGAGGCUGCCCGAUCGGAACGCGAUGAGCCGAAGCUGAGCCGCGGCCGGGAGAUGGUCAAGAAGAGAGGGCAGCACCUGUAUGGGGCACCCGGCCCCUCUUCCCUCUUCCUCUUCUCGGAGGAUAACCUCAUACGGAGGUACACCAAGUUCAUCAUUGAGUGGCCUCCAUUUGAGUAUGCAGUCUUGCUGACCAUCAUAGCAAAUUGUGUGGUUCUGGCCUUAGAAGAACACUUGCCCAGGCAAGACAGAACUCCACUGGCACAAAGGCUUGAGACAACUGAGCCAUACUUUUUAGGAAUUUUCUGCUCUGAAACUUUAUUAAAAAUUUUAGCUUUAGGUUUUAUACUUCAUAAAGGGGCUUAUCUAAGAAAUAUCUGGAACAUAAUGGAUUUUGUUGUUGUAGUUACCGGGUUUAUAACAUUCAUUGUACCCCAAGACAUAGAUGUAGACUUGAGAACACUGAGAGCUAUUAGAGUUCUGAGGCCUUUGAAGCUGGUGUCUGGUAUACCAAGUCUUCAGGUAGUACUCAAGUCUAUCAUCAAGGCGAUGGCACCUCUACUCCAAAUUGGCCUCCUGGUGCUAUUUGCCAUCGUAAUAUUUGCUAUUAUAGGCCUUGAAUUUUACAGUGGUGCUCUUCAUAAAACUUGUUAUAGUAAAGUGGAUAGAUAUGAAAUUAUUACCGAGGGGGACCAAACCACCCCUUGUUACAAAACCGAUGACCCUAAGACAGCACCCACCGGAGCUUACACUUGUAGUCCGGAUGAAGCUUGCUGCCAAGAGGGUUGGAUAGGACCCAAUUAUGGGAUCACUAGCUUUGAUAAUAUUUUUUUUGCAAUGUUGACGGUGUUUCAGUGCAUCACCAUGGAAGGCUGGACAGCCAUUUUAUAUUGGACAAAUGAUGCUCUAGGAAGUACCUACAACUGGAUAUAUUUUGUACCUCUUAUUAUUCUGGGAUCAUUUUUUAUGCUCAACUUAGUUCUUGGUGUUCUUAGUGGUGAAUUUGCUAAAGAGAGAGAACGUGUGGAAAAUAGACAAACUUUUUUAAAAAUUAGAAGACAGCAGCAAUUAGAAAAAGAAUUGAAUGGUUAUGUUGAAUGGAUAUGUAAAGCAGAGGAAGUUAUUUUAGCAGAAGAGAGAACUACAUCAGAAGAAAAGCUUCAUAUUAUUGAAGCUCGGAAAAGAACUGCCAAAAGGAAAAAGAUGAAAAACAUGCACAGUAAAAGCACAGACGAAGAUGAAGAAGAUGAUGAUGGUAGCAAAGAAAGCGAUUCUGUUUCUAAAAAGGGUAAAUUAAAAGGUUUGGCUAGGGCUUCCUAUUUCAAGGCCAAAAUAAAGAACAAAGGAGCAUGUAAAGCUUUUUGGCGUGUAGAAAAAAGAAUAAGAUUUUUUAUUCGUCAUGCUGUAAAAACCCAAGCCUUUUACUGGUUUGUGAUAGUCCUAGUGUUUUUAAAUACUGUAUGCGUAGCAGCUAAUCACUACGGCCAACCAGAUUGGCUGACAGAUUUUUUAUACUAUGCAGAAUUUGUAUUUUUGGGACUUUUCAUCUGUGAAAUGUUUAUUAAAGUUUAUGCCCUCGGGCCUCGCCUAUACUUCGAAUCUGCCUUCAACAGAUUUGACUGUGUUGUUAUAUGUGGAAGUAUAUUUGAAGUCAUCUGGUCCAACUAUAAUGAAGGUUCUUUUGGCCUUUCCGUGCUCAGAGCGUUGAGACUCCUUAGAAUAUUUAAAGUGACAAAGUAUUGGGCCUCUCUUCGCAAUCUUGUUAUAUCCCUUCUGAGCAGUAUGCGAUCCAUUUUGAGUCUGUUAUUCCUUCUUUUUCUUUUCAUCUUGAUAUUUGCACUUUUAGGAAUGCAACUUUUUGGAGGGGCCUUCAAUUUUGAAGAUAGGACGCCUCCAGAAAACUUCAACUCGUUUCCUAUUGCCUUGCUCACUGUGUUUCAGAUCUUAACUGGGGAAGAUUGGAAUGAAGUUAUGUACAAUGGCAUUGAAUCACAAGGUGGAAUGCAUGGGGGGAUGAUAUACAGUUUAUAUUUUAUAAUUCUAGUGUUGUUUGGUAAUUAUACUCUGUUGAAUGUAUUUUUGGCCAUUGCGGUAGAUAAUUUAGCCAAUGCUCAGGAGCUUACUCUUGCACAAGAGGAAGCAGAUGCUGAAAAAGAGAGAGUAAUUCAAGAGAGAGAGAAAGAAAUGAUGGCAUUGCAUCCACCCGAAGUCAAUAUUUGUCCUCCAUCUCCUGCUGUGAAUUUGGGUGAUAAUGCUAAUGGGGCUAAAGGUAACAACCUGGGAGUAAAAUCGGAUGAUAAAUCUGAUAAGAAAAAUUCAACAGAUUUAUCUGAUGAUGAUGAAGAAAGAGCUCAAGAUGAAAAUAAAGAUGAUGAUAUAACUGGGCCCAGACCAAUGCUUCCUUAUUCUUCAAUGUUCAUUUUUUCACCCCAUAAUCCCAUCCGUAGAGCUGCUCAUUACAUCGUGAAUAUGCGAUACUUCGAUUUGUUCAUCAUGAUCAUCAUUUCAUUGAGUAGUAUAUCAUUAGCGGCUGAAGACCCUGUGGUGGAAGAUUCAGAGAGUAACAGGAUAUUAAAUUAUUUUGAUUUUGCCUUCACCGGUGUAUUUGCUGUUGAGAUGACAUUGAAGGUCAUAGAUCAAGGUAUAAUCUUCCAUCCAGGCUCCUAUUGUAGAGAUCCAUGGAAUCUUUUGGAUGCUAUAGUUGUGAUAUGUGCUUUAGUGGCCUUUGCCUUCGCUGGGAGUAGUACGGGCCAGAAUCUCAGUACUAUCAAAUCCUUAAGAGUGUUGCGAGUGUUACGACCACUCAAAACCAUCAAAAGAGUGCCUAAGUUGAAGGCUGUGUUUGAUUGUGUAGUUACAUCCUUAAAAAAUGUUGUCAACAUUCUCAUUGUUUACCUCCUGUUCCAAUUCAUCUUUGCUGUUGUUGCUGUUCAAUUGUUUAAUGGGAAAUUUUUUUACUGCACAGAUAAUUCUAAACUGCGCCCGGAAGAGUGUGAGGGUGAAUACUUGGUUUUCCAAGGCGAUGAAAAGCCACCAGAGGUGGACAGGCGUGAAUGGUUGCAGCGUCCAUUUCAUUAUGAUAAUGUGAUUGCAGCCAUGUUAACAUUGUUUGCUGUGCAAACUGGAGAAGGUUGGCCAGAUGUUUUGCAAAAUUCUAUGGACUCUACGUACGUAGAUUACGGUCCUCUUCCCAGGUUUAGAAUCGAGAUGUCUAUCUUCUAUGUUGUGUUUUUUGUGGUGUUUCCAUUUUUCUUUGUUAACAUAUUCGUGGCCUUGAUCAUCAUCACCUUUCAAGAGCAAGGAGAGAAAGAGCUUGAAGAAGGAGACUUAGAUAAAAAUCAAAAGUCUUGCAUAGAUUUUGCCAUUCAAGCUAGACCACUUCAGCGAUUCAUGCCCCAGAACAAAGAUAGUUUUCAGUAUAAAAUCUGGAAAGUUGUAGUGUCAACUCCUUUUGAAUAUUUUAUUAUGGUGCUAAUUGUGCUCAAUACAUUACUUUUGAUGAUGAAGUUUUACAAACAAAAUGAUGCGUUCAAGAACACCCUGCACUACAUGAAUGCGGCCUUCACUGCACUCUUUACCCUUGAAUGCUCGCUCAAGUUGGCUGCAUUUGGAGUCAGGUACCACCAUGCCAAUCCUCUGUACCUAGAUAUAUUAAGCUACAUGAACGAGGCUUUUACGGCACUCUUCCUGAUCGAAUGUAUACUGAAGCUUGUGGCGUACGGAUGCAAGAAUUUCUUUAAGGAUCCAUGGAACACAUUUGAUUUCAUCACAGUAAUAGGAAGCGUUGUCGAUGCUUUAGUUGUUGAAAUUGGGGUUAAUUUUAUUAAUGUUGGUUUUCUUCGCUUAUUUCGAGCUGCUCGCCUUAUCAAGCUACUGCGUCAGGGUUAUACAAUCAGGAUAUUGUUAUGGACUUUUAUUCAGUCAUUUAAGGCCUUACCUUAUGUAUGCCUCCUCAUCGCCAUGUUGUUUUUCAUCUACGCCAUCAUCGGAAUGCAGGUGUUCGGCAAUAUCCAACUUGACCCUGACACAGAAAUCAAUCGCCACAACAACUUCCAAACCUUCGUUCAAUCACUUAUACUGUUAUUUAGGUGUGCGACAGGUGAAGCGUGGCAAGCGAUCAUGCUCGACUGCCUUAAAGGAAGACCCUGUGAUUCCAAGUCAAGUAAAACGGGCGAUGCGUGUGGCAGCAACUUGGCUUAUGCUUUUUUCGUCAGUUUCAUUUUUUUAUGCUCAUUUCUAAUGCUUAAUUUGUUUGUUGCCGUCAUCAUGGAUAAUUUUGACUACCUUACCCGUGAUUCAUCAAUAUUAGGAGCACAUCACCUUGACGAGUACAUCAGAGUCUGGGCCGAAUACGAUCCCAAUGCCACAGGGUUCAUUCAUUAUUCUGAGAUGUAUGACAUGCUUAGGAAUAUGGAUCCCCCUUUAGGGUUUGGAAACAAAUGCCCUUACAGGCUAGCUUAUAAGAAAUUGAUCAGGAUGAACAUGCCUUUGACAGAAGAAUUCAAAGUAAAUUUUAGCACCACCUUGUUUGCAUUGAUCAGAGAGAAUUUGAGCAUCAAAAUGAGAACAGCCGAUGAGAUGGAUUCUGCGGAUGAAGAACUGAGAGAAACGAUCAAAAAGCUGUGGCCUCUUCAAGCUAAAAAACGAAUUAAUCGCUUAGUUCCCCCCAAUGAAGUUUUAGGUACAAAGCAGCUCACUGUAGGCAAAAUCUACGCAGGCUUGCUCAUUAUUGAAAACUGGAGAGCUACUAGGUUUGGUAAAAUCCCAGGUCCCAAUGCACUUUCUGAGAGUCCUUCCCAAUCUCCUCAUCCUUCAGAUUCACCGCGACCGUCCUUGCUUCAAAGGUUGAUGGGAGCCGUGUUGCCAUCUCGCCAAGGAAGUUUGAAUUUGGAUGAAGAUCAGUUUGAAGAUGCAGAUUCCCACCUGCCACUUUCCAGGCAGGGUUCUCUGCAUCGGUCAAACUUGAGUAUUGAUAAGAACCACAACAAUGAUGAUAAAAAGUGGAACAGAUCUUUCAGCUUCUUGCGAAGAGGCAGCAGUAGGAGAAAGAAAAAAGGAAAUGAUAACGGAGCUCCUACUUACACACAGGGUAGAGACGGUCAUCUACAGCCCGCCAUACAGUUGCCGCAAUCCCGCAGCCCAUCUCCAACUUUUGGAAGAAGGUCACCGCCAACCCCCCCACGUGGGCGAUCCCCCACCCCCAUCCACCGAUCACCCUCCCCGCGCCACCCCCACCACGACCUGAACUUCACCGAAGCUGUCGCCGGCAUGGUGGAGUUUGUACACGAAAAGCACGAAAACAGAAAAAGAGGAAGAUCAAGAAGUAAAAGAAAAGACUAUUCUCCAACGAGAAGUCGAUCUCCAGUUCCUAAUCCGACGUGGCGCCACGGGCACAACAUCCACUCGCGGAGCCGGAGCCACAGCCCCGUGUACCCGAGUGUGCGGCUCGACCGGCGCUCCCGGACCCCGAGCCCCAGCCCCUCGACCCCCACCCGGAGCGAGUACUACGGCACCUCCCACCUGCACUACCGGUCGCGCAGCCCCAGCCCCUCCUCGGUACGCAGCCUCCCGGUGGUGCAGCAGCGGCGACCGGGCGGGGGGCGGCGCCUCCCGCCCACCCCCACCAAGCCCUCCACGCUGCGGCUGGACGUCGCCUCGUCGGACCCCAUCAACUUCCCGGACGUCUCGCACUCCCCCACGGUGCCGCAGCCCAGCCGCUCCCCGGGCAGCAUCAACUUCCCGAAGCUGAGUGCCUCCCCCACGCACGCGAACACUCAACAGCAGCAGCACCCUCCCUGGAGGGAAAGGACAGCAGGGGGGCCGGCGGCCGCACCGCCGGCCAAGGAGUACGGCACCUUCGGGCAGCCGCUCAGUUUCGAGGCCGCGGCCGCCAUGGGCAGGGGGUCCCGCCACUUGCCUUCCACCCUGCCCAACGGCUACAAGCCCGGACAGCGGGAGAGGGAGAGGCUGCAGAGGGAGAAGGAGCCUCUGACGAUGGUAGUGAGGACUAAGGUGAAGGCGCCGUCCCGCCACGACCCCGACGAAGACGACUGGUGCUAG